AGUCUACCAAGAGGAGUGCGUUUGAUUGUUACAGGGCUCAAUGGCGGACAGAGCUGGGUAGUCAGUCGUGUUACCACCGAGGACAAAAACGUUUCCACUGGAUGAACUGCUGACGUGACUCGGUCCGCCGCUGCGUGUCUCCAGGUGCAGCGGCCGAAACGAGCCCCUCGGUGCAUCUACGUAAAGAACAAAAGGCAGCCGCAGCAGGUUUUUGAUCGCCUUUCUUAACAUUAGCUCUCUUGAGUUCCCAUCCCGAGCGGAGAAGUUAAACUGUUCAUGGUGGCUCACUGAAGGCGAGCAAACAUGGGGGACUCUCUCGAAUUGAUCGGGAAGCGUCUGAUUUUGCUCCUGGACGACGGCAGGCCAGCGAAUGGAUCCGAGGCGGAGCAGGCUGUCUGGGCCCGGGACUGGCUCCGAGGAACGGUGCGGGCGGUGAGCGUCAUCGGCCUGGCCGCUCCGGAGGUUAGCAAAGGAGGAGAGGCGACAACAACAAGCCCAGCUGCAGGGCUGACGGUGUUUGUGGAGUUUGAAAACGCAUCGCAGAGAUGUUCAUGGGUGCAGGUGUAUGAUGGGGGCGUGAAGGCCGUGAUGUUUGAAGACUCCAUCGUUUGGGUGACCCGCAGCGACGGUACCAGGACACCCGGAGCGCCGAUGUCAGCAUCAGCCUGGCCUGCUCUGAUUUUCCGCUCGCUGGUGGACAGAGUGGGGUUAGGAGCGCUGGUGCCCGUGGAGUACUUUGGAAACAAGAAUUUAGAUUUUUUGCCUGAUAAUAAAAACAUCCAGAGAUUUGAGGUUGAUAAAGACAUGAGACACCCCUUGUUGCUGGAGCAGCCCUCGCUGCAGGCUGCCAUCUCCAGCUGGCGCGCUGACUUUGAGCUGCAGGAGAUUUUCAGGAAGGGUUCCUACACCCUUCAAGGACGUCUGGUUCGUGUGUACCAGCCAGAGUUUGAGGAGUGCUGGGCCUCUGGACUGGUCUCGCAUCACGAUCCAAUCUCUCACAUCAUGGACAUUACUUUGGACAAGGGACAAGAGAAUCAGAGGGUAGACCCUCGUGUCAUACACGUCAUGCUAACAGACGAAGAGGUUGGUAAGAACGGACGACGAGGUAAGGACAGUGACUUGGUGAAGGGGGAUGGUGGACGCAGACGUAGGACUCCCUCUGAGGAUGAGGAGGACUUGAACUUGAAACGGUUUAAAGGAGCUACAGAUUGUGACACAAGUGCACAAAUAUCUGGGGACUCCUGUAAAGCUGGAGACUCUGGAGAACGAGUCAGCAGCACAACCAGAAACGGAAGCUCCACAGAGGGAAUCCCCCCCCAGGUGAACGCCAGUCCCACGUCCCAGAUGGACACGUCGAGUGCCUCGUCUCCUCGUUAUCCCACUCGCAUCAAGGAGAACGGUCGCCUCCUCACUACACAGGGAGCAGCAGACUCCACCAGCACUCUCACCCCCAAUCCUCCCCCCCUCAAACCGGCGCCCUCCCCCUUCUCCACGGCCUCUUUUCCCUCUCUAGGGCAUAUGCCGAAUCUGGUCCCCGGAGCUCCAGCCCCGAAGCCCGCCCCAUCUCCUCAGCCUGACCGAGAGGAGCCCUGCCAGUCAACGUUCUCUAAAACCGCUGCUCUCGUGUCCCCGGGGCCAGUCACUAUUUCCUGGUCCCAGGACAGCAGCCCCAGCGUGGCUCUGUCUGCGUCUGUGGGUUUCGGUCCUAAAGCUCCUUCCUGGGGAAGCCAGACUGAGGGCUCAAAAACAGUACCGGGUUUUCCCCUGGCCCAAUCGGUGCCCGCUGCUCCUGUAUUUGGAGACGUUACCACUCAGACCAACGGGGACCCCGCCACUACUGCAGCAGCUUCCCUGAGUGCUCCAAGGCCUUUUGGCUUUGGCUUUAGUGGAUCCAAGCGUGAGACUCAGCCUCAGCAAGACCAAAACCUGUUUUUUCAGUGCAUGAAUCAGAAUUCUGGCACCAGCCCAGCCCUUCCACCGGGUCAGCCCUCCUCCAAGAACCCAAAUUUCUUCACUGGAGUGUCUGGGAGUCUGGGAAAAGAGCCUCUGGGCCUUUUCAUGCCUGCAGCCUCCACUGAAGGGCUAAAAAAGCCUGAGCAGCCCAAAGUGCCUGAGGCCCUUUCAGAAGGAAACGGUGUGUUCAACAAAUCAUCUGCCUUCCAGGGUGGCGCUGCAGGAGGACACUGUCUCGGCGUGGUCUCCGGAGCCCAAAGUGCCAUUAAGAAGAACACUAAUUAUGACAGUUCUGUAGGUGUGAUAGGGCUGCAGUCAAAGUCUUCAGACAACCACCAGAACAUUUUUCUGCAGUCCUCCAAAGCGUCUGCAAAUCCGUUUCUGGCAUAUGGGGAUAAAACCCCUCAAGCUUCUUUUACUGGCCUCACUGGGACUGAGCCACAAACUCUGGGUGCUGCCUUGGACAGCAAACCGAACCUGUUCAGCAUGGCGGAGCUGCCUAAAGGUAUGCUGUCCUCUACUUUCCCAGCACUCUCAGCAGCUGGUUCUGUCAGUUCUUCCACUCCUACGCCACCUCAGACGAUACAAAGUGAGACAGCUAUGAUGAAGAAGGAGCAAGAAGUGGAUGAGAUGCCCACCUCUGCCUCAGGCUGCCUUGUGCUUGGCAGUAACGUUCCUGGUGAAAUGAAGGAGGUCUUUGACCAGGGUCAGAAGUUUAGCCUGGAGGAAAGAGGCUCGUCUUCUAAACACGACUCUGACUCCAGCAGCAACAGCGACCUGUCGGACCUGAGCGACAACGAGGAGGGCCCCGAGAAAGGCCAGAUCCCAGGAGAACGCCCCGGCCUGGGUGGAACCAUUUCACAGAAAACUAAAGUCCAAGGGGCCGCCAAGAGCCGCCCACGGAACAAGCCUUUCAAAGUGGGCCAGUCUGUACUCAAAGAUCAGAGCAAAGUGCGCCGUCUGAAGCAGUCCGGUGAGUCCUUCCUUCAGGACGGCUCCUGCAUCAGUGUGGCUCCUCACCUGCACAAGUGCCGCGAGUGCCGACUGGAGCGUUACCGUAAAUAUCGAACCACUGAUGAAGACAGUGAGGAUGACGAUGACCCAAAUGUGGCCUGUCGUUUCUUCCACUUCAGAAGGUUGGCUUUCACACGUAAAGGAAUACUCCGCGUGGAGGGCUUCUUGAGUCCUCAGCAGAGCGACGCCAUGGCUAUGGGUCUUUGGUUGCCUGCACCAGCAGUUCAAGAAGGCCUGGACCUCGAUACAUCCAAGUACAUUCUGGCCAACGUGGGAGACCAGUUCUGUCAGUUGGUCAUGUCUGAGAAGGAGGCCAUGAUGAUGGUGGAGCCUCACCAAAAAGUGGCCUGGAAACGUGCCGUGCGUGGUGUCCGAGAAAUGUGUGACGUGUGUGAGACGACCUUGUUCAACAUCCACUGGGUCUGUCGCAAGUGCGGCUUUGGGGUGUGUCUGGACUGCUAUCGGCUCCGCAGGAACAGGCCAAGAGAAGAUUUGGAUGACACGCCAGAAGAUGAUGUUUUCUCUUGGUUAAAGUGUGCCAAAGGCCAGCCUCACGAGCCACAAAACCUCAUGCCAACGCAAAUUAUACCUGGAACAGCUCUUUACAAUAUAGGUGACAUGGUGCACGCCGCAAGAGGCAAGUGGGGUAUAAAAGCCAACUGUCCCUGUGCCAGUCGACACUCCAAGUCUCUGGUGCGCCCUUCCGCCCCCAAUGGCCUUUCACAGCAGCCUACGUCUAGCAGUGGAGGUGGCCUUGCAGCUGCAGGACCUGCCUCUAGCACGACUCCAAAACCAGAGGGAGAAACGUCGGUGAUCAAAACAGAGCCUUCACAAGCAGCCGUGCCCUCAGAUAGUGGGGGUGGUGAAACUGCGGGCACCACCAGUAGCUCUGUUAGUAGCACCUCCAGUACCCCCUCCCUCCCCUCCUCCUCCUCCUCCUCCUCCUGUCACGUCUCUCAGUCUUCUGCCAAGGACUCACGCUCUUCAGGAGAAGGCAACAGUUCCGCGCUGCACUGGCUGGCAGAUUUGGCCACCCAGAAAGCGAAGGAUGACACCAAGGAAUCUGGUUCUCUUCGCUCCAUAAUAAGCCGAGAAAGCCGGCCUCCCUUCGGCCUGGACUCACUCAGUGCCCUUUCAAAGCCGUCUGCUUCCAGCCCAAAGUUAUUUAACAGCUUGUUACUCGGCUCCAGCAUGAUCCAGUCCAAACCUGAGGGGUCAAGCCUCCGGGACCUGCUCAACUCUGGACCGGGCAAGCUGCCUCAAGGCCCUGGAGAGAGUGGUGUACCGUUCCCCUCCGUUUUUACCUCGGCAAGCAGUGACAAGCUGAAGAGCAGCUUACCAAACUUCCUGGAUCACAUCAUUGCCUCAGUCGUGGAGACCAAGAAAGCAGAGGGCCGUCGCUCUGGGACCUCUGAGGGCAGCGAACUUGGCGUGUUGGGGGCCCGUAAAGAAGGAGUAAUGGGUCUCAGUGUUUUGGAACCACAUACCUCACACACUUGGCUCUGUGAUGGGCGACUCCUUUGCCUGCAGGAUCCCAGCAACGGCAACAACUGGAAGAUCUUCAGAGAGUGCUGGAAGCAAGGCCAACCUGUGUUGGUGUCAGGAAUCCAUAAACGCCUGAAAUCUGAGCUGUGGCUGCCUGAGGCCUUCAGUGAGGAGUUUGGUAACCAGGAUGUGGACCUGGUCAACUGUAGAAACUGUGCUAUUAUUUCAGAUGUAAAGGUGCGAGACUUCUGGGACGGUUUUCAGAUGAUCUCUACAGAGCGACUGCAGGACAGCGAUGGCAGGCCCAUGGUGUUAAAGUUAAAGGACUGGCCUCCGGGCGAAGACUUCAGGGACAUGAUGCCCACUAGGUUUGAUGAUUUGAUGGAAAACCUCCCGCUGCCAGAGUACACAAAGAGAGAUGGCCGUCUAAACCUUGCUGCACGCUUGCCCAACUUCUUUGUGCGUCCUGACCUUGGACCAAAGAUGUACAACGCCUAUGGCUUGACGUCAGCAGACGACCGAAAGGUCGGAACCACCAACCUUCAUUUGGAUGUGUCUGACGCCGUCAACGUCAUGGUUUUUGUUGGCAUCCCUAAAAGAGAAGACAACCAAGAGGAAGAGGCAGAAAUCUCUGGAUACAAAGAGGUCAUGACCACCAUAGAGGAGGGCGAUGUGGAUGAAAUGACCAAGAGGAGGGUGCAUGAAGGGAAGGAGAAGCCUGGAGCUCUCUGGCACAUCUAUGCUGCCAAAGAUGCUGAGAAGAUCAGAGAACUGCUCCGCAAGGUGGGAGAGGAGCAAGGUCAGGAGAACCCUCCAGACCAUGACCCUAUUCAUGACCAGAGCUGGUACCUUGACCAGGGGCUCAGACGCAGACUCUAUGAGGAGUACGGCGUCCAGGGCUGGGCCAUUGUACAGUUCCUAGGAGAUGCUGUGUUUAUCCCUGCUGGAGCUCCUCACCAGGUACACAACUUGUAUAGCUGUAUCAAGGUGGCAGAGGACUUCGUGUCUCCUGAGCAUGUGAGGCACUGUUUCAGACUGACGCAGGAGUUCAGACACCUUUCAACAACUCAUACAAACCAUGAAGACAAGCUACAGUGUAUGUUGUUGGGGGCAGUGAACGUUUGAAUUUUGGGAAAAAGAACAUUUCAGUAAUGGGGGGGUUGGGUAGGGAGGGGCUAAUCAACGCUUCGAUGGGAGGGUUCCUCCAUCGCUGUAACACAGUAUGCUCAAAUUUGUCUAGUUGUUUUUUUAAUUUCUCUUUUGAUUAACAUUGUAUUUAAGGUCAGUGUGUUCUGUUGUUUUCAUUGUAAAUGUAAGAUGUUUGAGUGAGGGAGUUAAAAAAAAGCUGACGUGCCUUUAGAGCAGAGGUUCAGCUACUAUAGAAGCAACUGAUGAAUCCUGAGUUCUGGGCUAUCCUUCAAUGACAAGUUAUUUCUUCAAUAGAUGCAAGGCUAAUCUGUUUUUGUAGGUUUUUUUCUUUGUUUUAGUUUUUCAACAGCUGAUUGUUUCUGCUGUCUGUGGCUGGAGUUACUUCACUAACCAGCCAACCAAGGGAAGCAGACCAAAGUUUUGUAUUUUUAGUUUUCUUAUUUCUAUUUUUAGAGUAAGAAACCUUACUUUUAUACACACGAUAAUGAUCUGGAAAGCUUCGAAGAGGGCAGUUUGUUUUACUUUUCCAACAUGUGUUUGUCCCAGAGGUUUGGUGAACUGCAGACUUCCAGCAAUGUUUGAGGAUCACAGUUGCAGCUGAACAGAACUACUGGCCAUUAACAUUGUAUCAAUAUAUAUAUUGAUCUUAGCAGUCUGAUUUUUUUUUCACAAUAAAAUUUCCAAAAAUGACUUUGGUUUAAUUCUUAUUGUUCUCUAAAAAGACCUUUUUUGUGCAAAAUCAGUGUCUGUAAUACUUUGAGAUGCAAUAAAAAGCCUAAAUUUGGA